AUGGCGUCCGGCGGCACUCGCGGGCUGAUGCAGUGUUGGGAGCUGCUCCUCAGCGCCGUCGCGCUGUUCCUGCUGCUGCUUUCGGCGGCCGCGGCUCAGGAGCAGUCCGGAGCGGCUUGCUCUCAGAACACUAACAGAACCUGUGAGGAGUGCCUGAAAAAUGUCUCCUGUCUUUGGUGCCACACCAACAAGGCGUGCUUGGACUACCCGGUGAGCAGGAUCCUGCCGCCCAGUUCCCUCUGUAAGCUGAGCUCUGCACGCUGGGGCGUUUGCUGGGUGAACUUCGAGGCACUGAUCAUCACGCUGUCGGUGGUGGGGGGGGCCAUCCUCCUGGCCGUGGCCGUGUGCUGCGCCUGCUGCUGCUGCCGGAAGAACAGGAGCCGGAAGCCGGACAAGAGCGAGGAGAAGGCGGCGCGGGAGCGCGAGGAGCGCAGGAUCCGGCAGGAGGAGAGGAGAGCAGAGAUGAAAUCAAGACAUGAUGAAAUCAGAAAAAAAUACGGUUUGUUUAAAGAAGAAAACCCAUACGCCAGGUUUGAGAACAACUGA